AUGGUGACAGACAGUGUGGUUCCGUCAGGAGCCGACUGCAGACUCCCUCCCACUGUGCCAGGAAAAAAAUGGACACGAAGGAGCAAGAUUUUACCUGACGACAAGACAGCGAGGGAUUCAGCGAUAGGGUUCGCCACAGAUGUCGCUACCAGUCGGUUAGAGGGAAGCACGGUGUCAACUACUGUGGGGAGACUGUGGUCACCCAGCAUGGCGACUACCACUGCAGCCAAGUCCGGGCGGUCCGCUAGUCCGAAAAUGAUGCGGAGUAGGAUAUCACCUUUCUCCAAACUUCUCAACCAGGUGGCCACGGGGUUGCGUCAGUCUGCAGACGACUUUUCUCAGGUCAAACUGAUGCUUCAGAUCGACGGCCAUCUUCCCGCUGACGUCAUCGAAAACAUGCGCGAUCCCGCACAAAUGUUCGACGAACUCUUCAAGCUUUUCAAGGUGACAAAGACAGACAUAGACCUCCUGGAGGACCUGGUACGAGACGCGGGGAGGAUGCUGGACUUUCAGGAAGGUUUGAAGGAGUUUAAGCGGGAGAGUCGGUACGAAAGCAUCGAACCCUCCCCGGAGAGAAACGCACACGCCAUAGCGGACAAGCUGGAAAAAUUAUUACAUAACGAUAAGUCCAAAGAGAGCAGUGGCGUUCUGGCCUUCCUGCAGCACUAUGGGAAGGCGAAAGGCUUCGGUCGCGAACGGCUUCAUGUGGUCAAGAGCGACAUUUGUUCCAUGUUGGGCAUCAAACGUUCACAGUUCAUCUUCAUAACGAAGUACCAGGAGGAGAAGAAGGAGGAGGGGUACGUGUGUAUCUACCAGCUUCCCGCCAACAGAGCCAGGAAACUCAUCGCCAUGACCAAGUCAAACGACGACAGACUUUUAGGUCUUGGACUGAGAGCUGUGAGACUGACGGGACACAGACGGGUCCCUCUCUCCAUGCCGUUUAAAGAGGAGGAGCUCUACAAAAGGACCUUCAAAAAGAUGGAGGAACUCUCCAAACUUUACGACCAGCCCAUCUCCGCCCUCGAGUCGGGCAUCCUCGGAAACCAGCUGGCGAAGCUGGCGGAGAAGCACGAGAAGGAGAAGACCGAAGUGACGCCGACGCCGACCAAAGACGAGAGGCCACGACUGCCGCCGAUCUCGCUUCCUCCGGCCCCGCGGAAACCCACCAUCAGCACCAGCCUGCCGGUGAACCACCUCCACGAUGAGAACAAAAGACUUCUCCUACAGACACACUCUCUACAGGAGAGCCUGGUCAGUCAAAAGCUCGAGUUGGCCAGGAAGACAGAACAGGUGAGGGAGAAGGACUUACAAAUGGCUCACCUGGAAAGACAAGUGUCGAUGUACGAGCAACAGAACACAAACUUGCACAAGCAGGGACUCACGAUGGCGAGGAAACUACAAGACAUGAGGAAGCAGGCCUUGAUGUUGGAGCAGAAAGUCAAGGAGUUCCAGAUUAAGAACGACCUGUACAGAACCGCGGCGCGCACCAAGAUGCGCUUCGGUAAUCAGAUGUCAUUGGCUAGAAGGGCGAUCCCACAAGUCCGUGCGGUACGGCCCAGGGACGUCCUGAACUGAGUGUGUUUUGUGAUGUUGAAAAGAAGAGAAAACAGGGUUACAAAACGGGAAAAGAAACAGUAUUUUAUCUGAAAAUGACAAAUCUUUGUUACAUGACAGUCAAACCUGUACCAGUUACAGUCUGGCAUGUGUUCACCUGUUUAUAGUAAUCACCUGUAUACUGCUUCAACUUUCCUCAAGUUCCUUGGGUUCUCACAACCAACAUUUUGACUGUAUUUUCCUUUUCAAAUAAUGGUCAACUUCAAAUGUAUAGGGUGACGGAAUGACUUUAAUAAUCCAUGUAUAUAUACAUUAAUGUUUGCCAGAACAAGCCAGGCUGGCCUUUUAAUUCACAAAAUACACUCACGACGCAAAGUUUCCUUUAGUUUUCUACUUUUACACAGUCGUUAAAUGUUGCGGUCGUUUCAGGUCCGGUUCAAGUGGGGUUGACGGCAUGAAGUAACAGAGUGGUGUUGUUAAAGAUAUCCAAUAUUGCCAUAUACAUAUCAUGUACAAAGACUUUUAUUUCCUCUCUUAUAUACAUGCCAUGCAUGCAAUGGUUUCAAUGUCAAUCAUUAUGAUUUGUAUGUUACACGUACUAAUUAGGACAUCGAAGCGCGUUGUAAUAAAAAAAGGACU